AUGGCAAGCUUCGGGUUUUCCAUCGGCGACAUCAUCCUAAUCAGCAACUACGCGUAUUCGGUUUACAAGUCGUGUAAGAACGCUGGUGACAACUUCAAGGAGAUCACGUCAGAUGACGAUGAGUGCAAGAACCCCCAGUCCUCGUUCCAACAGCUUCCCUUCGCGCAGAGAGGCGAGCUCGCUGCGCGCUUGCAAGACUGUAAAGCUGAUCUUCGGUCGGUGAAGAAGCUUCUCCACGACUUCCGUUCACUCAACACGCGCGAUGCACGAUACCGCGAUAAACUUGCAUUUACGGCUGGGAAACAGGCGGCGAUACGAGAGAAGAUAGCGACGCAUAGCGUUCGGCUGCAACAGCUGCUGAACGGGAUCAACGUCGGCACAUUCUCGAGGAUCGAGAGGAAUACCGAAGCGCAUUACCUGUCUCUCCUCGACAUUCGGGCGAAACUGGAUCGGAUCCAUUUGGACGUGCUUGCGGGCAGACGUGAUGCCACGGCAUUUAUGAACAGUGAGGAUGCAGUGGCGUUGGAAGACGAGGUCCUCGACGAUCACAUGACGGAAGUUGAUGUUGACGUGUCAUAUGAAGUUCUUGAGUGGAUCGAUAAAAUCCAGAAAGGAACUUUGCUGACGACAAAAGAAUACGACCCGGCUUGUGACCCCUCCCUUGAUGACGCGAAAAUCGAUCCAGAUGCGAGUGGAUCUGAUUCUGCAGUCGUUCUUGGUAACCACGAAGCGGUCGACUGUGUCACUCAGGUUGACGAGGCUCCUGAUGGUGUCUUUCAAUAUUUGUCACACAACGUUGGGCAACAGUCCAGUUCUUCCAAGAGCCUACCGCAGUUAUACCGAUCAUACGGCAAUGACAUGGUAUCUCCUGCCACUCCUCAGGCUCCUCGUAUCCCCAAAGUCUCAACUCGUUCAUAUUAUGCAGAAGUCGCAUUGACUAUUGAUGACGACGAGCAGACCAUAAUCGUACCAUUUCUCGAUAAAUGGCCAUGGGGUCGCACUGUUACUGAAGAGCUUCACUUUGACACAAAAAAAGAAGAGUGGGUGGCGCGCAAGAUCACGAAAAACAAACCUGUUAGGCCCUCCUUUCCGAAGUUUUGUAUUGACACUGUCUACGAUAUCGAGUUCACCUUGGAAGAGAUCUGCACAGGUGCUUCCAAGCGUAUUGUUGUGCGAAGGCGAAUAAAAACAUCAGGACGCAGCAGUGUCAAGAGCUCGAGGGAAUUUGAAAUUACAUUGCAUUGCAAAAAAGGCGGACAAUUUGAUAUCAUUCGAUACUCCAAAGCUGGGAAUCUGUGCGAAACGUACACAGAGAAUAUUAUCUUCGCAUUCAAACGCGUACGUUUUGCGACUAUUGAAAAUAGAUGUGGCCCACUAAUAGGUGCUAUAGAAACCUCACGCUGUGUUUGGUGGAAUAUACGCUUCCCUAACAAGCAAAAUCCGCUUAUCUACUGUCGAAGCCAACAGAGGUUGGCGAAGAGAGAUAUGUCAUCCUAG